AUGGCAAACCAGACGACUGUGACAGAAUACAUCUUGCUGGGGCUACACGAGCACCCUAACCUAGAGAUGGUCCUGUUUGUGCUCUGCCUGGGCAUCUACUCCAUGAAUGUGCUGGGGAACUCCCUCCUCAUCGGCCUAAACAUGCUGGACCCCCGCCUGCACAGCCCCAUGUACUUCUUUCUCAGCAACCUCUCCCUCAUGGACAUCUGUGGCACAUCCUCCUUUGUGCCUCUCAUGCUGACCAACUUCCUGGAAGCCCAAAGGACCAUCUCCUUCCUUGGUUGUGCCCUGCAGAUGUACCUGACCCUGGCGCUGGGCUCCACGGAGUGCCUGCUCCUGGCUGUGAUGGCAUAUGACCGUUAUGUGGCUAUCUGCCAGCCACUUAGGUACACAGAGAUCAUGAGUAGGUGGACGUGCCUGUGGAUGGCAGUGCUGAGCUGGGGGACAGGUUUUGCCAUUUCACUGCUGCAGUCCCUUCUCACCUGGAGCCUCCCCUUCUGUGGCCACAAUAUCAUCAAUCACUUCUUCUGUGAGAUCUUGGCAGUGCUGAAACUGUCCUGUGGGGACAUCUCUCUCAAUGCACUGCUAUUAAUCAUGGCCACGGCUGUCCUGACACUGGCCCCACUCCUCCUCAUCUGCCUGUCCUACAUUCUCAUCCUUGCUGCCAUCCUUAGGGUGCCCUCUGCCGCAGGCCGGUGCAAAGCCUUCUCCACCUGCUCUGCCCACCUCACAGUUGUGGUGGUUUUCUACGGGACCAUCUCCUUCAUGUACUUCAAGCCCAAGGCCCAGGACCCCAACCUGGAUAAGAUUAUUGCAUUGUUCUAUGGGGUCGUGACGCCCUCACUAAACCCCAUCAUCUACAGCCUGAGGAAUGCAGAGGUGAAAUCUGCUGUCCUAGCCCUGCUCUGGGGAGACCUGCUCUCCAGGAAAUUGUCCCACCUUCCCUGUUGCUCUUCAACUGUGUCACGCAAGACAGCUAGGUCCGUCAUGGUAAUGACUUCAAAUCGCAGUGGCUGA